GCAUUUCCCGGCAGCGCCCGGCGCGGGGCCGUGCGGGCGGCGAUGGCGGGCUGGGCUCGGGCCGUGCGGGGGCUGCUGCUGGAUGUCAGCGGGGUCCUCUACGACAGCGGGGCCGACGGCGGGGUCCCCAUCGCCGGCUCGGCCGAGGCCGUGCGCAGGAUCAAAGCGUCUGGGCUGAAGCUGCGGCUGUGCACCAACGAGACCCAGGCCACCCGCGAGAACUUCGUGAAGAAGCUCCGGGCGAUGGGCUUUGACGUGUCCGUGUCCGAGGUCACGGCCCCAGCCCCAGCAGCCUGCCACAUCCUGAAGGAGCGAGGCCUGAGGCCACACCUGCUCGUGCACGACGAUCUUGUGCCUGAAUUUGCCGAGAUCGAUAAAACAAACCCGAACUGUGUGGUUCUUGGAGAUGCAGCAGAAAACUUCACCUAUGCCAACCUUAAUGAAGCUUUCCGGGUUCUGAUUGGGAUGGAGAAGCCUGUCCUGAUCUCCCUUGGAAGAGGACGCUACUAUAAAGAAACCGAUGGUCUGAAGCUUGAUGUUGGAGCAUAUAUGAAGGCAUUGGAGUAUGCUUGUGAUGUUCAAGCUGAGGUAGUGGGAAAACCAUCAAAAAGGUUUUUUGAGUCAGCCCUGGCAGAAAUGGGAGUUCCAGCAGAGCAGGCCAUCAUGAUCGGGGAUGACAUCGUGAAUGAUGUCGGGGGAGCCCAGCAGUGCGGGAUGAGAGCCCUGCAAGUGAGGACAGGGAAGUACAGACCUUCAGACGAAAACCACCCCGACGUGAAGCCUGACGCCUACGUGAACAACCUGGCUGAAGCAGUCGACAUCAUCCUCCAGCAGAUGUAAAACCAACCAGCAGGAACAGAGAUGAGUCCUUGUGUGCAGCCUCUCCAUGGAACUGCUUCAUCCUCUCCCACCUCCACCUCACCUUAACAAACCCAGGCCCAGCCUUGCCCGAGGUGGUGAGCACCUGCUUUCCUAAAUAUUCCACAUAAUGGUACUAAAAUGAUCUACUGACCUCAGCCAAGGGAACACCAAACCCACUGUCUUGAAUGUUCUCCUCUUGGUGCCUGUGAGGAGCCUCUGCCUCCUCUGAGUGAUUCUUGGGGGGGGGCUGUUCCCCCUUUAACUCUUCACUCACGCCGGGUACCCAGCCUGGAGGUGCGAAACAGGGAACCCGGCACCCCCUCACUAAGAGACUUACCUGUUUGACCCAUCUGUACUGUGCCUUUUGGGGUGCCUGAGAUGGGUUGGAGGAUGUCCUUGAGGGGUGAUGGAGGCCACCAAGCCCUGGGGGGGGCUCUGCGGGGUCCUGUGUGUGCCUUGGGUGGCACAAAAGCCCUGGGGAGGGGGGACACCCCUGGAUCCAAGCCAGUAAACAUGGUUCUGCCAGGAUUAGCCUGUCUGGAACAGCCAUGGGUUAAGGCCUGGGAAUGUGGUAAUGCUGUGACACAUUAGGGAAUAACUGCGCUGUCCUGUCAGGAAUAAACCCCAUCCUUUGGAUCUGG